AUGACCAUCUUCCGAAGAGUCGCCCUCAUUGGGAGAGGCUCUCUCGGGACCGUUCUUCUUGACGAACUUCUCAACUCCAAUUUCACUGUGACAGUUCUCACCCGCUCGGCAUCCUCAGCAUCUUCGCUCCCGCCCGGUGCGGACAUCAAGCAAGUCGACUACAGCUCCGCUGAGAGCCUCAAAACCGCGUUGGCCGGCCACGAUAUCGUUAUCUCAACUCUCUCGCCAUCUGCAAUACCGCUGCAAAAGCAGGUAAUAGACGCAGCCAUCGCCGUCGGCGUGAAACGGUUCAUUCCCGCUGAAUACGGCGCUAUGACGUCUGACCCAGUUGGGAGGAAGUUACCCUUUCAUAAAGAUGCCAUUGAGAUUCAUGAAUUUCUUAGAGAGACUGUGGCGUCCGGACUCAUCGAGUACACGGUUUUUGGGGUUGGAGUGCUUACGGAGUUGCUAUUUACCACUACGCUUGUCGUUGAUCUUGAGCAUAGGGAAGUGAAACUUUUUGACGGCGGUAUACAUUCUUUCAGUACUAGUCGGCUAGAGACUGUGGCGAGGGCAGUUGUUGCGUCUUUGCAUAAACCGGACGAGACGAGAAAUCGGGUUAUACGGGUGCAUGAUGCCGUUCUCACUCAGAGACAAGUCCUUGAUAUGGCGAAAGGCUGGACACCUACAUUGGAAUGGAGGGAAGUAUAUGUAGAUGCUCAGGCUGAGGUGGACAGGGGUCUGAAACAGCUGGAGAAGGAGUUCAGUCCUGCGCUUGUGCCUGGGGUGUUUGCGGCGGCGUUAAUGAGUGGGAGGUAUGGGGCCGAGUAUAAGGAGGUAGAUAAUGAGCUCUUGGGGUUGGGAUUUAUGGAUAAGAGGGAGAUUAACGAUUUUGGAAAGAAAUUCACGAAGUAG